CGUCUCCACCAGGUUCUUCAUAAUUAAAACCCCUAAUCGCUCUUUCAUCAUUUCAAUGUUUCCACUUACGAUACAACCAUAAUAUAAUAUAAUAUUAAUAUUAAUUAUUAUUACCAUAUCCCUCCUAUACAAACCCAAUUUCUGUUACAUCCUAAUUUAUUAUAUAUAAUUCUUCAGUGCAUACGGCAAAAAUGAUGAGGCUGCAGACGUAUGCGGGACUCAGCGUGGUUGCCACGCUAGCCGUUAUAUAUCAUGCUUUUAGUAGUAGAGGACAGUUUUACCCAGCAACAGUUUACUUAUCCACUUCCAAAGUCUGUUUAGUGCUUCUUCUCAACAUGGGUUUAGUGAUCAUGUGCAUUAUGUGGCAGCUGACAAAACGGAUUUUUCUAGGUUCUCUGCGUGAAGCGGAGGUUGAAAGAUUGAAUGAGCAAUCUUGGCGAGAAGUUAUGGAAAUUCUUUUUGCUAUAACUAUAUUCCGGCAGGAUUUCUCUGUUAUGUUUCUUGCUAUGGUUACUGCUCUUUUACUGAUUAAGUCUUUGCAUUGGUUGGCACAAAAGAGAGUUGAAUAUAUUGAAACUACUCCAACUGUGCCUACGUUGUCUCAUAUUCGGAUUGUUUCGUUCAUGGGAUUCCUUCUUCUUCUAGACUGCCUAUUUUUGUACAACUCAGUCAAGUACUUGAUACAAACGCGUCAAGCUUCGGUUUCCCUGUUCUUUUCAUUUGAGUACACGAUAUUGGCUACAACGACAAUGUCAACAUUUGUCAAAUACGUUUUCUAUGUCAGUGACAUGCUUAUGGAAGGACAGUGGGAGAAAAAGGCCGUGUACACGUUUUAUUUGGAGCUUAUUCGUGACUUGAUACACUUAUCCUUGUAUUUGUGUUUUUUCCUCGUAAUUUUUGUGAACUAUGGCGUGCCUCUGCACUUGAUCCGGGAGCUUUAUGAGACAUUCAGAAACUUUAAGCUGCGAAUUGCUGAUUACAUCCGUUAUCGGAAGAUAACAUCCAAUAUGAAUGAUCGAUUUCCAGAUGCAACAUCCGAAGAGUUGAAUGCAAGUGACGCGACUUGCAUUAUCUGUAGAGAGGAGAUGACUACAGCAAAGAAACUAGUCUGUGGUCAUCUUUUCCAUGUGCACUGCCUCCGUUCAUGGUUAGAACGACAACAUACAUGCCCCAUUUGUAGAGCACUUGUUAUACCAAAUGAGGGCGGGACAAGCACAACAAGUUCACGAGCUGGAGCUCAUCGUCAAGGAACAAACUCGGCAAAUGCUUCGUCUCAUGAACGGACUGGUGAUGGUGCUGGAAGUGGGAAUAUCAGCAGUCAUCAAAAGCGAGUUCAAGCUGCUGCAUCAGCUGCUUCCAUUUAUCAAAAAUCUUUUGUUUACCCAUCACCAGGCUCUUUAACAUGGUCAUCUGGAUAUGCUGUACAUCCCAACAAAUCCCCACUCGGGGCCAACAUAAAUAAUGUGGCCUCUUCUGGCGAGCAUGAUGACUCAACUUUGAAUAAUCCGGCGAACUUCCCAUCUUUUCAGUUCCCACAAACAGGCUUUGUGCCAAUUCAAGUUCCAGGUGCAAGCCCUAACCCGGAGGAUGGAUGGAGCACCAAUCUCCAGAUGUCAGUCUCUCAAUUGGAGGCCCAGAAAAAAAAAAUUCAGCAUCAGAUUGAGGUUUUGCAAGAUCAGCUUCAACGUUUACAGAAUCCAGCAACCGAGAAAAGCACAGUUGCAGAAAGCAGCAGCAGCAGUAGCACUAGUAGUUGGGAGAUGGAUCUGCCUACUGCUUCUGACAGCAAAGGGAAGGCGGUUUUAACAUCAUCUUUGUCGAUUCCGGGCGGUGACCAAAAUCAACAUGGGAUGGAUGAUAAACGAGAUGAUGUGAACAAUUCACCAUUGUAGAUGAAAUAUUUGGUGUAUCUGUGGAUAUUUUAUAGAGGGAUAAUAGUGUUGCAUUGUCAGAUUUCUUUUUUGUAUGUAGAACUUGCUUCUCGACUUACCUUGAUUACACCAAAAUGACUUUGCAGAGUAGACUUGAUACAUCAAGAGAAAAAGGCUAUGAUAAUGCAAAUUAGUUUUGUGUUUUUA